AUAGCCAUUAACUUGUACCAAAUAAUUAGUUCACAAUAUCAAAAAACAUUUCUAUCACAAUUUUCAAAAUUGGUAAAUAAAAACAAUUACAUUUUAUGUCACAGGUGGCAGCAGCGGCGACGAUUCGGACACAGAAAGCGAACCAGGCAUCGCGUUGAAGAGAAAACAGCGAAGAAGCAGAACAACAUUCACCGGUGAACAACUUGAACAACUGGAGGCCGCUUUUCAUAGGACACAGUAUCCCGACGUCUACACCAGAGAGGAAUUAGCUCAAAAGACGAAUUUAACGGAGGCUCGAGUGCAAGUGUGGUUCAGUAACAGGCGAGCGAGGCUCCGCAAGCAGCUGAACAGUCAACAGCUGAGCGCUUUCAACACGAUGAGCUUGCAAUCGUUUCAAACUCAACAUUACGGUAGCAGCGCCGAGAGUUAUCAAAGUUACGGACAAGCAUCGGUGGCUGCGGCGGCGGCAACCACCGCCGGUUAUCCUCAACACUACAACUACAGCGAGAAUUACUAUGCCGCUCAACAACAAUGGCCGAGACCGACCGCGGAGAACUAUGGACUAUUCAACGCAUCCCAUUACGGUAGCAGUAACCUAGCAUCAAACUUAGCCAGCAGCAACUUAAAUCUGGGCACCCUAGGCGGCAGCGUGAGCCCCACAGCGUCGAACAUGAGCGCGUGUAUGGUGCAGGGUGCAUCUUCAGGGGUGCCAGCCCCAUCAGGGAUGACCCAUCACGUGACACCACAUAGUCCAAGCGAGGCAAAGAGUGGCUACCCCUAUCUGGGUGCCAUUGAAUCCCAGGUCUGCGGUAGAGUUCAUUGAACUCUAUUUUACAAUCAAAAUGGCGGAGGUGGAAGUAAAAUGGCGGACGUCAGUAAAGUACUCUACACAAUUAAUUAUUGCACAGAAUUGUGCUACAGUUAUAAUUUUAUUGGAGUUGUGUUGAAUUCUGAUAAAUUAUCAGAAUAAUGUCUUGUGAGGGUAUUCCUCAAAUGAAGGAUACUUAAGUGUAAUUAAUUAGGGAGCACAUUUUUUGAUGCUUCAUUGACAAAUAAAUUAUUUAUUCUUGCAUAUGGUUGCAUAUACAGGUAUCAUAUUAAUUACA